GCAGAGAACUCGUCACUGUCUCGGUUGUGCUAUCGGGGGCGCUGGGAAAGUCGGGAUAGGAGAGCACUCAUCUUGGGGUGGGCUUACUACUUAGAUGCUUUCAGUAGUUAUCCGCUCUGCACUUGGCUACCUGGUAUUGUUCAAUCUUUCUCUUGUCGAUUAAAGUGA